UUUUGACCCUUUUUGCCACUAUAAAUCCAAACUAAGACAAUUGUUGCAAUCCAAAAUCCAAUCUUUUAUCCACUAAUUUCAAUAGCUACACUAAAUUAACAACAUAAUUAUUAAUCAUGAGUAAAUUCUGGGCUUUGCUUACUCACCUCCAUGCACUUGCCGGGCCAGUGGUGACGUUACUCUAUCCUCUAUAUGCAUCAGUAGUAGCUAUAGAGAGCACAUCAAAGUUGGAUGAUGAGCAAUGGCUUGCUUAUUGGAUUCUCUACUCUUUUCUUACUCUCAUGGAGAUGGUUCUUCAACCCAUUCUACAAUGGAUACCAAUAUGGUAUGAGGUGAAAUUAGGAAUGGUGGCAUGGUUGGUUCUUCCCCAAUUCAGAGGAGCUGCUUUUAUCUAUGACAAAUUUGUUAGGGAAAAAGUCAUUAAGAAAUAUGGAUCUGCAUAUUUCCAGCACAAAUCUCAGUCCCCAGCUAAUGGCAAACCCAAAAACAAACUUGUGGAUUUCAUCACCCUUAGGAAGGGAGAGCAUUAAAUUAAAGUCGCUGAGGAUGCAGCAUCAAAAUAAUUAAGCUAUGAAUGGUUUUAUGUGGAUGGAUAUAUUUAGAAAUAGUUCCUUUCGUUUGUAUUGCAGUACUGAGCAGAGAAUACAUUUAUUGUAGAUCAAUGGAAGUUCUAUUAAUAUGAAUGUUAUGUACGGGCUCCGUUUACUUCUA